AUGCAAAAAUUGCUAUCGUCGCUGCGGCGACAUCGAAACCGAAAAGUUGACUCGUCUCGGACGUCGAAAUGGUUCCACUUGCGGCGGCAGCGACCAGAUCCUCCCACUCCCCUUACAACGUUCAUUUCCCCACCCAGUGUAAUAACAUCAAUCUGGUCGGAAUGGGCUCAGGAACUGGACUCACCAGACCCAAAUCUGUGCACUCGGUGCGCUGGGCUCAAACUCACUGCCGCACAUUUCCGCCUUUCAGCUGAAGAGGUCAAAGAGACCGCAAACCCAAGUAAUAUCGACGACCCCAUAACUAUUGAUACCCGUGAAUGGCAACAUAUCGACGCCGCUAAAAAUUGUGGUCUUUGUCAAAUGAUCAAGCGCGCUGUCGAGUUGUCUCGCUUGGAAUGGCAGUCGUCUGAAUCACCAAAUACCUGCGAGAUCAAAUUGACCCUACUUCCCGGCCAUCCUGCGAAAACCCACAACGUCCGGCGUCUAGAAAUUGCGGUGCACUACGACUGGACAUCCUCGCAUGACAUCUCGCUUCUCCCAGUCGAAUCGCAUAGGUGUCGACACGAAGAGACGCCACAGUUCCGCCGGAUUCGUGACCAGAUCAUUGUAAUUGACCUUGAAGAUCAAUGCCUCGUCGUGCUACCGCCAAAUGCGCGCUAUAUAGCUCUCAGCUAUGUCUGGGGCCAAGUGGAACAGCCAAAGACAAGCAAAGACAACAUGGAAAGCUUUUUGGUAAUCCUUGAUGCCAUGGAGUUUGUCAAGAUGCUUGGAGAGCGAUAUCUCUGGUUGGAUACUCUAUGCAUUAUUCAGGACGAUGCGGAUUUCAAGGAAAAAUUACUCAAUUCGAUGCACACGGUCUACGAGAAUGCAUAUCUGACACUGUUUGCUGCCACAGGCGCUGAUUCCAACGCCGGUCUCCCCGGAGUACAACCCAGUUCGCGAGGAGCUUUACAGCUUGUAACGAACAUUUCAGACGGAUUGAAACUGGUACUUCCAAUCAGCUACCAACGCAUCAAACGUUCCACGUGGGCAACACGCGCCUGGACGUACCAGGAAUACUUCUUCGCGAAGAGAAGACUGCUCUUUGUUGACGGACAGGUCGUCUACCAAUGCAACACAGGUGAAUGGGCCGGAAGUCGAAUGGGAUGGGAACCGCCUGUACUGCACAAGGCUGUUGGCCUGUCGGUAGAUUAUUGGACACGCUUUGAUUUCAACAGAUACGUGGAAACCUACCUCGACAGGAAUCUUUCGUUUGAGGAGGACAUCCUCUCCGCAUUCACUGGGAUCAUCAAAGAAGCAGAGGAAAAGCAGUUGAAAAUUUGUUGGGGGCUAAUCGAAAAGUACAUGGGGCUGGAUAUGCUUUGGAUGCCAUGUAAAUGGCUUGUCCGACGUCCUGGAUUCCCCAGUUGGUGCUGGGCAGGCUGGAAAGGAGCCGUAAUAUGCUACAGGGAAAGCAAAUGGUCAACCGAGGAAACCUGGCUGCAUCGAACGUCUUGGAUCGAUUGGUAUAUAUACAGAAACGCCUUAGGCAAGUUUCAGCUGCUCUCGUCUGGAUAUGCGCCGCAACAAGAGACGGUCAUUGCGCAAGAAGAAGAAUUAAGACGUCGUCUCGACGAGCGCUAUCAGGAGACACUUCGAACGGAAAGGGAGCACGACAAAGACAUCGUCGGGCAAAGUGGACCCGAAAGGCAAACUGCUCCUGAGACCGGUGCUCUCGCAUCCCUGCUCUGGAGACUCUGUCAGAGCAACAGUGGCAACAAUGCUGCAUCCUCUUCCCGGGAGCCGCCUUGGCCUAUGUAUUCCUGCAAACCAACCAUCAAUGAGCAGACGCUGCUCUUCCGUACUCUGACUGCGUACGUAUCAAUCUCGUCUCUGAACCCCCGCGGGCAGAUGUCUCUUCCACCACGGGACGAUCGGCUGCUUCUCCCAUCCGCACCGACACUGCAUCUCUACGCGCCGGACGGUACCCACAUCGGCGCUGCGUGGUCGCACACCCAAGAAUUCUUUGAGACAGUCAGAAAGUACGACAAGGACAUCACCACCCUGGACCCAAGUGCAGGUGCUCCCCGCCUCAAGAUCGAAGUCGCGCUGAUGGCCGGCCCCGUCGAAGGUGACUGGCGCUCCCGCAGCGAGCGGCACACUACCUGGGAAUACAUGCUUGAGUUGGCCAAGGCCGGACUGAAUCUAGGCAUGGUGUCUGCGCGCUACGACAAGAGAUUGUCGUAUGAGCGAGUCAUCGCGGAGACGUAUAUCAACAUGGUCUCCGAUCGAGGGGCUUUUGUUGAAGGGGUCGAAAGGCACUUGGCGGCUUCGUUUUGGGAUGAGCUGGAAAUGGUGAUUCAAUCCAUGCAUUUAGAGAACCUCUAUCCGCAGCAUUGCGAAGAGACGCUCAGGCCGGUGAUCGAUGGGCUGAAGACAGAGAAAGGGGGGAUGAGGUCGAAAGAAGGGCAGAAGUUUGUCAAGGUCAUGCUUGUUGGACCUCUAGGUGACGGAGAGAUGGUUAGUAGUAGCGGCAGUGGCAGUAGCAGCAGCACUGGGGGAGUCAAGGAGAGAGUGGGAAUAGGGGAGAUUCGAGAUGACGCGAUCGGUCUGAUUCAGGGGUUAGCUGUGCGAGAUGUCACGUUGAAUUGA